AUGUCCGGCAGCUCUGACAACUAUAUGGCGAGCAGCGGGACCACGGAUUUUGGUCGCUUGCUCUCCUCGCAACUCAUUGGCGUGUUAAUCGACUUUCUCUUGAUGGGCGCAUUGUUCCUGCAGAUGAUCGUCUACCGCAUAUGUUUCCCGAAAGACGCGCUUGCGUUCAAGUUGCUUGUGUCUGGACUGCUGCUUCUUAUGCUCAGCCGGCUCUUUCUCCUGGUCUAUGAGACACAGUACUUUUUCGCGGAGGGCUUUGGGGACGGGAUGCGCCUCGCGGGACAGAGCCGCCGCCAGUACUCGUAUGCGCUUGCCCCCAUCACGCUCUGUAUCGUCCAGCACUUCUUCGACUCCCGCAUCUUCUCGCUCGACCGCCGUCUAUGGCCGGUCUGUCUACUCAUCAGCUUUCUCUCUCUCUCGCAAUGCGGCGUCGGGUGUGCAGCGUUUGGGAUUGUGUAUGUCGGGUCGCCCGCCUCGUUGCUCAGCAAGCUCGCGCUGGUCACGGACCUCGUGCGCAUGUGGUACAUCCUCGGCAUGGCUACCGCACUUAUCAGCACUGUGACGACCGUGUUUGUUCUCCUCCGCAUGCGCGCCGGCAACUUCAACCGCUCCACCAAGCAAGCCCUCGCGAGCGUUGUCCGUUUUACUGUCGAGUCCAAUGCCGCAUCCGCGGUGGUGGAGAUUGUGUCGCUCGCGCUGCUGCAGGCCUAUCCGAACACGACAUACUAUCUGGGGAGCACCCUGCUCCUUCCGAGCGUGUACACCAAUAUGCUCCUCGCGACGCUCAACUACCGCGCCGUCGUCCGGCAACAGCGGACCGCGGGUUCCGCCACUGCCAUGACGGUCAUGGCAUCCCAGCAGAGCGUGGCGCCGGCGCACGUGAUGGACCUGCCGGCGGUCGCGAAGGUUUCGUCGAGGGACAGUGUCGCUGGCGCGGACCGGCGAACUUCCGGAUCUUCGGGUGUCGCUGACUUGGGGUCGGUACAGCAGAGUCAAGAGCGGUUGGUGGUGAAACGGACGGGAGCGGCGUAA